AUGGCAUCAGCAAGUUGUUCGUCGCUCGGCAAACUCGCGCUGCUGCUGCUGCUCUGGCUGCAGUCGGUGGGCUACGGCAAUGCCUACCUCAACAUCUUCAUCAGCCAGAGCCAAGUCAAGAAACUACUCGGAUUGGACGCUGAGCUGUAUUACGUGAGGGACGGCAUCAUCAACACGUACGCGAUGAAUUUCGUCGUGCCCGUGGCAGCGGUGAUCGACGAUCUCGAAUUCACUUGGCAGAGCCUCGUGGGCCAGCCGCUGGCGUACUCGAUGAAGCUGGACUACGACUCGCGCGGAGGCGGCUACCGCGGCAGCGGCAUAAUGGCCCUGCUGCCGCCCAAGGUGAACGUGUCGUCGCACGGCUACGUGCCCACCAGUCCCCAGGUCUUCGCCAUCAGGCUGCCCUGCUCGGGGAUCGCGAGCGCCGAGAUCAAGCUCGCGCUCAAGAUCAACGUCAGCGCGCCGGCCGAGUCGAGGUACGACGACACGAGGCUCGUCUUCAAGCGCAACAAGAUCUGCAUGCAAGGAAUACGUACGCAAUCGAAGAACGACUCGGUAACAUUACAAGCGGGACCGCUGGCCAACAACAACGGAGCCUUCUACAUAGCCGCGAGCUGCGCCUGUGCCCUCAUACUCGUCGUGGUCGGCGUUGCCAGCGUCAUUUACAUACGCAACAGCAAAGCUCGCUCGCAGCUACCCAGGAAAAAUCUCAACUACUGCAGCUACUCGGCCACGGGCACGGGUGCGCUCACCGGCAGCUCGAUACUCGUCAAAGUGGACAAUCGACCGGGCAGCGCUAAUUCGGGCAGUUACGCGACGAUAGCCGACCUCGAGCCGCUCUACGCCAGGCCCUGCGGUUCCAGAGCCAGCUACUACGCAGCCAGCCACGUUACCCACUUGAGUCAGUCGACUGAUCCAUGCGAAAAAGCUCGAGCCGUGGCGGUUGCCAGGUCCGCGCUCAAGUGUCGAAGCGUCAUACAAGAGGGUACUUUCGGUCGAGUUUAUCGAGGCACUUUGAACCACGGAGGAAGAGACCAGGAGGUCAUCAUCAAGACGGUCACAGACGCAGCCUCGGCCUAUCAGGCCUCGCUGCUCGUCUCGGAGGGCUCGCAGCUGGCCGGCCUGAUACACGGCAACAUCACGACCCUGGCGGCGGCCUGCCUCGACGGCGCCGGCAAUCCGCUGCUGGCCUACUGCUGCACGCUCAACGAUCUCAAUCUCAAGUCCUACCUUACCGGCGGCGGGCAUCAUCCGGUCACGAGGGAUCUCGUCAACGUCGCCGUGCAGAUAGCGCGAGCUGGCGCUUUCCUCCACGGCCGCGGUAUACUCCACAGAGACAUAGCGGCGAGGAAUUGUUUGGUAGACACGAGCACGCUGCGAGCGAGAUUGGCCGACGCGGCUCUCUCGCGCGAUCUCUUCGCUCAGGAUUAUCACUGCCUGGGCGACAACGAGAACAGGCCGAUCGGCUGGAUGGCGCUGGAGACGCUUCAGCACGGACAGUACAGCACUGCCAGCGAUUCGUGGUCAUUUGGAGUCUUUCUCUGGGAAUUGGCGACGAUGGGUCAGCAGCCCUACGCCGAGGUCGACCCGUUCGAGCUCACGGCGUUUCUGCGGGACGGCUAUCGACUGUCCCAGCCUAGGCCCUGCCCCGACGAGCUGUUCGCCCUCAUGGCCGUCUGCUGGCUGGGCCCGAGUCGAGAUCGGCCGACCAUGCCCCAGCUGCUGGCCUACCUGCAGGAGUUCUACGACGCGCUCGGUGGCUUCAUUUAAAUGUGAAAUUCGGGACGCGACCCUCAUAGGAUAAUGAUAAAUGUGAAAAGGCGAGAGCGAGACUUUUUUGGAAUAAACGAAUUUAGGAUAAAGUAAUAAUCGUCAACUGAUGUUAACGCGACACGAAUGUUAACUGCUGAUUCCACGUAUACUUACGCUGAGAUUGUAG